AUGAACGGCGAUACCUAUUCUUCCAGAGGAGACUCUGGUCGCCCUAGGGACUACUACCGUGAAGAGCGGCGCGAACGGGGAGGCGACAGAGGAGAGAGAGGCGAACGAGGUGAACGAGGCGAAAGAAGACGAUCGCGGUCCCCCCAUUACGGUUCCCGAGGCUCUCGACGCGACUACGAGGUAGACACGUACUCGUCGAGCCGGGACUAUCGCGCUCGGGAACGAGAGGACCGGUACUCCAGCCGGAGGGAGGAUCGCGAAUGGGACCGAGACCGUGGUGAGCGUGGUGAGCGUCCCGAACGUGGUGACCGCGGAGAGCGUGGCGAGCGCGGCGAUCGCCGACGUAGAGACUACGAAGACCGACCAUCUCGGCGCGAGCGGGAGAGAGGAGAUUUGUUUGAGGAUAGACCUCGGCGGGAAGGCAGAGAUCGCGGCGACCGUGAUCGGGAGAGCCGGAGAGAGCGCAAGAGGAGCCCGUCGCCUGCUCCGCGCAAGCGCGAGCCUACGCCCGACUUGACAGAUGUGCCGUCGAUCCUGGACCGGAAACGUCGCUUGACACAAUGGGAUAUCAAGCCUCCUGGUUAUGAGAACGUGACCGCGGAACAAGCUAAGCUGUCUGGAAUGUUUCCUCUUCCCGGUGCCCCUCGACAGCAGCCCAUGGAUCCCAGCCGUCUUCAGGCCUUUAUGGCGCAACCCGGUGGCGGAUCGGCCGACAGCGCAAUGCUCAAACCUUCCAACUCUCGCCAGGCCAAGCGUCUCUUUAUCUACAACAUUCCUACUAGCGUGACGGGCGAGUCUCUGCUGGCUUUCCUUAACACCCAACUCAAUGGUCUCAACGUCAUUCAAAGCGUCGACCCUUGUAUCUCGGCGCAGGUUUCUGAUGACCAUACCUUCGCUCUCGUCGAAUUCAAGUCGCCCAACGACGCCACAGUUGCUCUUGCAUUUGACGGCAUCUCGAUGGAUGAACAUGCAGCCAUGGAAGGCAACGGUGCUGCCAAUGGCGAGCACAAGGGCUUGGAUAUCCGACGACCCAAGGAUUACAUCGUCCCUAGCAACACGACCGAGCAAGAAUACCAGGAGGGUGUGCUGUUGAACGAAGUUCCCGACUCCGCGAACAAGAUCUGUGUCUCCAACAUCCCUAGCUAUAUCCCCGAAGAGCCCGUCACCAUGCUUCUGAAGUCGUUCGGUGAAUUGAAGUCUUUUGUUUUGGUCAAGGAUGCUUCGACGGAAGAGUCUCGGGGAAUUGCUUUCUGUGAAUACGCCGAUCCUUCCGCCACGAGCAUUGCUGUGGAAGGUCUUAACGGUAUGGAACUGGGCGACCGGCAUCUCAAGGUGGUGCGCGCCAGUAUUGGAACGACGCAGGCGUCUGGAUUGGACAUGGGCGUCAAUGCCAUGUCAAUGUUCGCCAAGACGACAUCGCAGGAUCUGGAAACCAGCCGCGUGUUGCAGCUAUUGAACAUGGUGACGCCUGAGGAGUUGAUGGACAAUGAAGACUAUGAAGAAAUCUGCGACGAUGUGCGCGAUGAAUGCUCCAAGUACGGACAGAUCGUCGAGCUGAAGAUACCGCGACCUUCUGGCGGCAGCAGGCAGUCUCCCGGUGUGGGCAAGAUCUUUGUCAAGUUUGACACGGUAGAGUCGACCACGAAUGCAUUGAAGGCCCUCGCUGGACGGAAGUUCUCCGAUCGAACCGUGGUGACGACCUACUUUUCGGAGCCCAACUUCGACGUCAAUGCCUGGUAG